AUGCACGCGGUGCUUGCGGCUUUGUUGUUGUCUCUCGCGACGCUCGUUGGCGCGGCGCUGUAUUCCGAUCCAAGGCAGCUCCCUCAGAAGGAGUAUGACUUUGUAAUCGUUGGCGGCGGCACAGCAGGCAACGCUCUUGCAUCCCGUCUAAGCGAAGUUUCCAAAUUUUCCAUCCUCGUCAUCGAGGCUGGUUCUUCAAACACGGAUUACCCGGAAAUCGCCGUCCCCUUCCUCGAGUUGUCCGAGGUCAUCUACAAUUCGAACAUAUCCUGGAACUAUGACACUACACCACAGAUUGGUCUCAAUAACCGCGCUAUCAAUUAUCCUCGUGGCAAGGUGCUCGGUGGCUCCAGCUCAAUUAACGUCAUGAUAUGGACGCGCGCCUCCGUCGAUGAUUGGGAUCGCUAUGCGGCCGUCACAGGCGAUCCUGAAUGGUCGUGGGAUGCUAUGUUUCCUUACAUGCUCAAGUCCGAAAGCCUCGUCCCACCUGCAUCAGGCCCUACAGCAGUCAACCCCGGCCCCGGGGAGUUCGACUACGCUACCGACUACGGCACGCUCAACCCUGCCGUGCACAACACGAGGGGCCCAGUCGACGUCAGCUUCGCGGGCUAUCUCGGAGACAUCGCCUCGCGAGUCUUUCAAACGUCGUUUGAACUGCCCGAGACGUUCUCAUUCGUACCCGACAUGAACGCAGGGUACCCGCUCGGCUUCGCGCAGCUCUCCAUCACAAGCAGUGGGAGGCGGAGUAGCUCUGCAACAGCAUACCUCGAGCCGGCGAUUAAUCGCCCCAACCUCGACGUGCUCAUAAACACGCAGGUGACGCGGCUUAUUGCCGCCGCGGAGUCGGUCAAUACGAGCCUGCCGACGUUCACCACAGUCGAGAUGGCACAAAGUGCUGAUGGUACACGCUACACCAUCUCCGCGAGCAAGGAGGUCAUCCUCUCCGCGGGAUCAAUCAACACGCCGCAAUUACUCCUACUGUCGGGGAUUGGCGCGCCGUCCGCGCUCGCUGCGCACAAUAUCAUCCCACUCGUCAACUCAUCCGGCGUCGGUGCCGACCUGCAGGACCACCCGCUCCUCGAAAGCCAUUGGUAUGUCAACUCGACCGGUACGUUUGACACUAUCCUGCGGAAUGCGACCCUGCAGGCGGAGGACUUGUCUCUGUGGGAGCAAGAAGGACGCGGUCCGUAUGUUGGCCCCGGGGUUGUCCAGAUCGCGUGGACGAAGCUGGAGAACGAGAACGUUGUGUUUGGACCUGGCGGGUAUCCGGACCCGUCGGCGGGCCCGAGCAGUCCGAAUAUCGAGAUAUUGCCAACUGAUGGGUUUGUGUCGUUUAUCGAAGGUCUGCCCGCCACAGGCAAUUUCCUCACAAUGUUGACAAGUGUCGUGUCCCCCGUAUCACGUGGCAGCGUCACACUCGCAUCCGCCGACCCGUUCGACGCACCGUUGAUUGACCCGGGUCUACUCUCUAACCCAUACGACGUGCUCGCGGCAGUGCAGGCCGUCAAUCAAUCUCGUCAAUUCCUCUCCGCACCGACGUGGGAUGACUAUAUCCUGCGCGAGGCACCCGACCUUGCCGCCGCGCAGAGUGAAGCGGAGCUCGAGGCGUACGUGCGCAAGGGAACGACGACCAUUUGGCACCCCGUGGGGACGGCACGCAUGGGUGCGCCGGACGACGAACUGGCGGUGCUCACAUCGGACCUGCGGGUGAAGGGUGCGCAGGGACUGCGCGUCGUGGAUGCUUCGAUAUUUCCAUAUAUCCCCGCGGGGCAUCCGCAGGCGUGCGUUUAUGCGGUGGCGGAGCGCGCCGCGGAUCUGAUCAAGGAGGCUUGGGGCGUACUUUGAGGACCGACUUGCAUUACCGUACGGACAAUCAUUAAUCACUGUUCGAAUGCGAUUAAUUGUAGGAACGUUCCGUACGGACAUACGGGUAUGCAUGUCCUACUUACGAUGCCGAACUCGAAGCCACAAGGUUU